AUGAACGCAAUUUCUGUGGAUAAUAAUGAUGGGUCAGACGAACAGUCACAUGUGGAGCAGCAUCCUCAUGCCGAUAAUGACCAUUAUGAAGACUCAACACAAAAGCCAUCCGAUUCAGCAAGAUCUGACGCUAUUACAAAGAACAUAAAGGAAUCAUCAAUGACUGCAACAGCUUUAAAAUAUUCAUGCUGGACAAGACAUCGAUCUUCAACAGCUGUGGGUGCAUUUGCUCUGUUCACAGCGAUAGCAAUGACAAUUGGUGUACUGACAGUUUAUUUCACUAUACCAAAACCGACGGUACAACAGUGUGGCCAUCGAUUCAAACCGACGAUUCCAAAGCCGGUUGAAUAUCAGUAUGGUCCUCGAUCUGUUGCCAUCGGCGAUUUCAACAGUGAUACAUUUCUUGAUAUGGUUAUUGCUAAUCACCUAGUGAACAAAAUAGUUGUUUAUUUGGGAGAUGGGAACGAUGCUUUUGCAACUCACACUACAUAUGCAACUGGUCCCUACUCUAGUCCCUACAUGGUCGUAGUGGAUGAUUUCAAUAAUGACUAUCACUUGGACAUUGCAGUGGCAAAUUUCAAAACUAAUAAUAUUGGUAUUUUCUAUGGGUUCGGAAACGGAUCGUUCGAAAAUCAAAUCGAGUUUUCUACAGGCUCAUCUCGUCCAAUAGCUAUUAUUGCUGUUGAUUUCAACAAUGACUCCCUAGUUGACAUUGCCACCGCCAACUUUGGAAGUCAUAAUAUUAGUAUAUUGUAUGGUUGCGGUAACAGAAAGUUUUCGAAACCAAUUACGUAUUCAACCGGUUAUGACUCUCUUCCAUCCUCACUAGCAGCUGGCGAUUUCAAUAACGACAAUUAUUUAGACAUCGCUGUCGGUAAUUAUGGCACAGAUAAUGUUGGCAUAUUUUUUGGAAAUAUUAAGAGAACUUUUGAAGAACAAAUGAUCUUUUCCACUGGAUUUGGUUCUCAUCCAUACUCUAUUGCAGUUGGCUACUUGAAUGCCGACGAAUUUCUCGAUAUAGCCGUGAGUAAAUCUGGAAGUCGCCAAAUAGGUGUACUAAUGAAUAAUGGUAAUGGCAUCUUUACGAAUCACGCCAUCUACUCUCUCGGCUCUGCUUCUCCAUACGCGAUUGGUGUUGAAGAUUUCAAUGAAGAUCAACGAUUGGACAUUGUUUUCACUAGUAGUGGUGUUGCAAAUACAGAUGUACUUUUCGGCUUUGGAAAUGGUAGUUUUGACAAUCCGAUCAUGUAUUCAACUGGAUCCUCUUCUUCGAUUUCCAUGGCGAUAGGUGACCUGAACAGGGAUCGUCGGUUAGAUGUUAUUAUCGUGAAUAAUGAUACCGGUAGCAUCGAUAUACUCUUUGGUCGAUAUGCUGCUUUUCUUAAUCAAAAAAAGUAUUCAGUUGGCUUCUCUCCAUACUCUGUAGCUAGCGGUGAUUUCAAUAACGACACUCGACCAGACAUAGUUGUCGCCAACCAAGGAAGUGCUGAUGUGAGCAUCCUUCUUGGCAAUGGGAAUGGCUCGUUUGCAGAUCAAACAAGGUAUUCAGUUGGUCGUAAUCCACAAUCUGUAGCUAUUGGUGAUUUCAACAACGACACUCGACUAGAUAUAGUUGUCGCCAACGCGCGUACCAAUGAUGUGAGCAUCCUUCUUGGCAACGGGAAUGGCUCGUUUGCAAAUCAAACACGUUAUUCAGUUGGCUUUUUUCCACGGUUUGUAGCUGUUGGUGAUUUCAACAGCGACACUCGACCAGACAUGGUUGUCGCCAACCAAGGUAGUGAUGAUGUGAGCAUCCUUCUUGGCAACGGGAAUGGCUCGUUUGCAGAUCAAACAAGGUAUUCAGCUGGUUCUGGUCCAUCCUCUGUAGCUAUUGGUGAUUUCAACAACGACACUCGACUAGAUAUAGUUGUCGCCAAUCAGUAUAGCAAUGAUGUGAGCAUCCUUCUUGGCAAUGGGAAUGGCUCGUUUGCAGAUCAAACAAGGUAUUCAGUUGGUUCUGAUCCAUGCUCUGUAGCUAUUGGUGAUUUCAAUAACGACACUCGACUAGACAUAGCUGUCGCCAACUAUGCUAGCUUUGAUGUGAGCAUCCUUCUUGGAUCUGACUAUGUGGUAUUUGAAAAGGAAACGACACUCAUGACUGGAAAUGGGUCUCGACCUAAAUCCAUGGUAUCUAGCGAUUUUAACAAUGACGGUUUAAUGGAUAUUGCGGUGAUCAAUUCAGACAACAAUGACGUCGGUGUGUUUCUUUCAUGUGGUAUUAGAUGUUUCACACACAGAAUGAUUUAUUCAACUCAUCCAUAUUUAUCAGUGUGCUCUAUAGCUGCAGGUGAUUUCAACAAUGAUAUGCAAAUGGAUGUUGUUUUCGCUAGUUGUGAUUCGGCUAUUGUUGGCGUUUUCUUUGGUCAUGGUAACGGCUCUUUGGCAAAUCUCACUACGUUUCCUAUCGAUUCACCAUCGUCUCAAUACUCUCUUGCUGUUGGCGACUUUAACGACGAUGCCAUAUUAGACAUUAUCAUAGCGAACUUUGACUACAGCUAUCUCGAUGUUCUUCAUGGUCAUGGCGAUGGCACAUUUGCAAGCAUUAUCUUUGUUCCAUUAAGCUAUGGAGCUCAUCCGUUCUCUGUCGUGGUUGGAGAUUUUGAUAAUGACCGAAAACUAGAUUUUGCCGUCGCUAAUAUGGGUACUGACAGCCUGAGCAUUUUCUUACAGACUUGCUAA